AUGGCAGACACAUACACGGAAGGGCCCCCGCCGGCCCUCGCAGAAGUCAAGAAACCCAAAAAGAAGAAGGUCCUGCUCAUGGGCAAGUCCGGCUCCGGCAAGUCCAGCAUGCGCAGCAUCAUCUUCAGCAACUACAUCGCCCGCGACACCCGCCGCCUCGGCGCCACGAUCGACAUCGACCUCUCCCACGUGAAAUUCCUCGGCAACCUCACCCUCAACCUCUGGGACUGCGGCGGCCAGGAGGCCUUCAUGGAGAACUACCUCUCCCAGCAGCGCGUCCACGUCUUCUCCAACGUCGGCGUCCUCAUCUACGUCUUCGACAUCGAGUCCCGCGACAUCGACCGCGACCUCGCCACCUACGUCUCCAUCAUCUCCGCCCUCCUCCAGUUCUCCCCGCAAGCAAAGAUCUACGUCCUCAUCCACAAGAUGGACCUCGUCGUCCCCGCACACCGCGAGUCCGUCUACGACGACCGCGUCCGCGUCGUCCGCCAGAAGACCGCAGAGUACGCAAACUCCAUCGGCUACCUCUCCCACCAACAACAGCAGCAACAGGCAGACGACAGCAACGACCCCAGCAGCCCCGUCCAGCAGCCGCCGCAGACGGGCGCCUUCGACAUCACCCCCUUCGCGACCUCCAUCUGGGACCAGUCCCUCUACAAGGCCUGGGCCAGCAUCAUCCACGACCUCGUCCCCAACCUCGCCACCAUCGAGCGCAACCUCGCCAACCUCGGCGUCGCCAUCGAGGCCGAGGAGCUUCUCCUCUUCGAGCGCACCUCCUUCCUCGCCGUUUCCUCCUGGACCUCCGAGGAGGGCCAGCGCAACCCCACAGAGGACCGCCUCGAGCGCAUGUCCAACAUCAUGAAGCACUUCAAGCAGACCAUCUCCCGCUUCACGGGGACCCCGCGCAACGCCGAGCAGUUCGUCCGCAUGGAGCACAAGGCCGGCACCCGCUUCAACCUCUUCAUCCUCAAAUUCACGACAAACACGUAUCUGAUGGUCGUCCUGCCGCCCGGCGAGGCGCGGUUCAACGCCGCCAUGCUCAAUUGCCAGAUUGCCAUUGAGCACUUUAAGUUUCUCGACGGGCCGGCGACGAUGAUGGCGCACAGCGGGGCGGCUGGGCCUGCGUGA